GUCACACAUGCGGUCCUUAGGAACGGGAAACUGAUAUUAAUUUUGUUUCUUCCUCAGAUGUCAUGUAUAAUUGUAUUCCCUUUUGUUAUUUAUUUUAGACCAUGCAUAAAGUUAAGAUGUUAAGUAAGAAAGUUCAUAUAUUAGAAAAGGAAGUCAGGAUUUUAAACAUGACAAUGUGGCAACAUACCAAAGAUAAUGGAGAAAGUAAGUACAGCUUCCGCACAAAAAAUAACGCAUGAAACUGUCCUUGCAGCGGAACAUAUAUAUAUAUAUAUAUAUAUAUAUAUAUAUAUAUAUAUAUAUAUAUAUAUGUAAAAAAUUUCAACUUUUUGAAAACUUUGUAUAGCUACCGUAUAAAUCAUAUAAUUACUAGAUUACAUUGGUGUCGAAUGAACUACAUUCUGUUCCGAAAUAUCACUUACUCGAACCGACCUGACCGCGUAGCUCAGUUGGCUAGUAUUCCAAAGGUCGUAGGUUCGAUUCCCACCGUGGCGUGACAUAUUUUUCAAGCUCGCUCGGUGUGGAUAUACGCUCAGAGUAACAUCACAAAUAUCAUAUUCACCUGAGUACAGAACAUGCACCAACACAGAAAAAAUCAUGCUACUUGAUUUGUAUUAAUUGUGAAAAAGCAGAAGAGGCAGACUUAUACCGCAAUAAAAUUGACAAUAUAGAUUUUGACAAUUAGCUACGCGACAUCUAUUGUCUUCAUUAUGUAGUUAUGCAAUUAUGCGAUUGCUAUGAGAUGUCUCUAUAAAUCACUAAAUUCUUACUAAUCUCUGUAAAUUUCUUAAAAGUACAUUUGCUUGCAGUUUGGAUCACAUCAUCAGGUAGACAAGUGCCACUCACUGCCGUUACCCAGCUGUAUAAGAAACUAAGCCUAGCAUAUAUAAUAAAUUUUUUGUAUAGAUCAAUCAGUAAAAUUAUUGAAGGAGACUGUCUUAAAGAAUGAACUUGGUUUGAAGAAACUGACAAAUUUUAUAAAUUCCAGAUUUCCUACAAAUAAGGUAAGGUUUUUGUAAAGCAUUAUGUUAUGUUUACUAUUAAUAUUUGUUACCAAUGACUGAUGGUGCGCUAUUUAAUUUACAAUCAUUGUUCUACUGUAAAUCUACUGCGUAUGUAUGUAGCUUGGUUCCUAUCAACAUCCUGGACGGUCGUGCUCUGAUAUUAAGAAAUGGUCUAAUGAAACAUCUUUGGUUGAUGGAGAAUAUUGGAUUAGUUUGGGAAGGAGUAAGACUAUGAAAACAUUUUGUGAUAUGAAAUCCAAUGGAGGUAUGACUAUUAACGUAGCCGUCGCGCGCGCAAUUCUCACCUUCUCUUGCUGCAAAGGCUUUCAUCUGCAUUUAGUGCGUAUAUAUAUAUCAAUUAUUGAAUGAGCUUGCGGAUGAUAUCAACAAUUGUCAAGGGCUCUUGUGUUAUCUUUCCACGCCGAGACGGAAGCUUAAGUAUGUAAAACAAAUAGAUAGAUUAGGCACUUAUUUCUUCAUAUAAUCCCGUGCAAAACCGAAUUCAAUAAUUGUAUUGUUACAUAUUCAUCUAAAAUAUAUCAUGCGCAGUUCAAAUUCUUCAAAACAAUGACGAGUUCUUAAACGUUUUUUGCAGGAAAUGUGUUCUUUCUUUCUAAUAGACGCCAAAAAUGUUUGAGAGUUGUUGUCGUGCAAUCUAAUAUUUUUAUGUUUUAUUUUUUCCCCACAUUUUCUUCCCUUAGGCCCGUUUCAUACGCCGUACUUCACAUGUGCCGAAUACAUUAAAAACAAUAGGUAAUGAGGCAUUUCAGCUCAUUAUCUAUUGUCUUUAAUGUAUUCGGCACAUGUGAAGUACGGCGUUUGAAACGGGCCUUAGGCCGAAGGCGACGCCAUUUAGUUUCUGUUCGUUUUUCCACUUUGUAGCAAUAGCAUUACGUCAUAGCGUGCAAUAAUUCUCGAUUUCACGCCAAAAAUAAUAAAUUAAAGAGACAACACAAUUAUUUGUUUAGCCAUUGUUCGGUUACUUUUUUGACCGUUUCGCUGUUUGCCACUUCAGAAAUCACGAUUUCUUCGAUCUAUAUAAAUAUAAUAGUUACUAAAAGAGCAUUAACUUAUCUUUAAAGGUGGUUGGACUUUGGUCAGUAGCAUUGUACUUCAGAAUUCACAUGGUUUCGAUUGGUCUGUCACCAAAGACUACAAUAAAAUAAGUGAUUUCAGGGGAAAUAAAUUGGUGCUUUCUACUCAAGCACUUGGUGCCUUAAGACAACAAAUGCCAUUCAAGCAGCUAAGAUUCUUCUGUCGAAAAAAGAUACCUGGCCGUACUUUUGAUAUUGCAACUGAAACAAACACACUUGGUGAAAAUGUUAUAAAAUACUUCACCGCUAAAACCAAUACGCUCCCGAAAUCUUGUGGAUCUUACUAUCGUCUAUCCGAUGACAAUUCAGUGAUGGCUAAAGAUUGCCAAAACUGGGGAUACGAAGCCGGGAAGUACAUCAGGGGAAAAUGGCAUCAUGCAGGUAUGCCUGUUGACGACCGCUUAUACAAUCACCCUGCAUUCAGCUACCUCAAAGGACUUUGGUUUGUUUCUCAUUCUGCGAGAGGUCGUUGGGAAUGUGACGAUUUUUACCGUCAUAAGGGUUAUAUCAGAUCAGCUGGAGAUUUUUGGAAAAUCUUUGUGCGCUAGGGAAUCUACACACUUCUCAGCACCGUCUGUAUAGUUAUAUUAUUGAAUUCUAUAUUAACAGUACAGAGAUAACAUUUGUAGGCAUCAAUAAACUUACUUGGCACAAUUUUCAGUUUUCUCAUGCACGUGACCGCGGUUAAAAUAAAAUCAUGGUGAUUAAUAAAUCUUUUUGUGUAAAUUAACGGAUAAGUUUAUCAGUAUGGAUAAAUAUUCGGAGUUUGGGA